AAGGCAAAUGGGACCAAUCAACUUGUGAGCUGCUGAGUGACACUGUGAGUCCUGCCUCUGAAACUUUUGUUAUUUUUUCCCCUCAGCCUACUUCAAUUGUUUCCACAACUUGGUCACAGACUCGGACAAGUUGCCAGAGAUCUACAGGCACGUCCCACAGCCCCGAGCAAGCUCCUCUUCACUAAGUCACACCAGGGGUGGGUGACAGCACCAUGGAGGAUUAAAAAGAAAGCUCUGCAGAGGCUGUCUAAAACAAAGAGAAGAUAUUAGGCACUUUGCACUGUUCCUGACCACUGCUCUUCUUUCCUGCACUUCUAAAAUCUCUGAUUUGUGCCCUCUGCUUUCUUGUUGCCAUGGAGAAGGUCCAACACAUGACCCGCUCCGCUCUGAGGAGAGCCUCAACUAUUGAGGUCAACCCACAAGCACGCCAAAGGCUCCAAGAGCUGUUUGUGAAUUUCUGCCUGAUUUUAAUUUGCCUCUUGCUGAUCUGUAUCAUUGUGAUGCUUCUCUGAAGUUCCAGCACUUCUCUGCCCUGUCCUCUAGGAAUGUCACCCCAGGAAGAAGAGAGACCUACACGUGCAACUCCCAGUGCAAGGAUCCUCAUGUGACAGGGGCUAGCACUUGGACUAGAGGGUGUGCCAACCAGUGCUCUGUUAUCUUACUGCCCGCUACAUGUAUUAAAAACACAUUUUCUGUGCAGAACAGUGUUUAGAGCCUGUAGUUACAAAGUUUUGCAUGACUCAAUUUGUCAGUCUCAAUCAACAGAUGUCUUUACUAUGUGGGGUAAAUCAGUAAAUCAGAUUAUCUGCUCUGAUCAGUAACAGCCAGCAGCUGAUAAAGUCCAUAUUUUAGUCAGAUAAACACCACCAUCACUUUUUGGGGGCCUAAGUGUUUUUAGGUUUCUUUGAAAAUCUUUAAGCCCUUGGAAGGGUUCCAAAUUUGGAUCAUGCCUGCCCAAGGAAGAGCUUACAGGUAUACAGCCCUCAACACAUCCUGGGAAAAUUUCUGCUCUGCUUAGUUCAAGGUGCUGCAUCUCUGCAUUAUCAACUGAAGGCAUUCAAAUUCCUUUAGUGUUUUUCAGAGGAAUAUGAGAAUGAACCAAAAAUCUCUUCUAAGUCAGAAAGGAAAAGCUAUUUCAUAUGUUUUUCUCCCUAUUUAAGGGAUUUUAUAUAUGUGACAUCUGGAAAGAUUUUUCCAUUAUGUUUUGCAGAAAAAAAUUGGCACUACCAUAACUGAUAUAAAAAAUUUUGUUUAUCAUAGUCAUUUGACUGACAUGACAACUGGCACAACUUGGAUUCUCAGAGUUCUUAAUAUUUGCCUUUAGACAAUUUAAUUAAGGCUUGUUCUAAUUUAUGUAAUAAUUUUCUUGGUUUAAAACUACAGAAAACUUGGAACUUGCCAGUGUCACAUGAGGUGGCUUACACCUGAUGUGGCAGUGGGCAAAGUCUAGGUCACCAUUACAGUUGUGACUGAAGUGCACCCAUACAAAUAACACAUUUGUAUGUGUAUGUGAUGUAACAUCCCCAUCUUCAGCUGCAAAUUCCUGCUAAAGAACAUGCAAGUAAUUUCCUAAAAUAUAUGACAGAUAAAAAAAUUCAUCAUAAACAAUUAUGCACAGGAGGGGAAAGCACAGCAGAAAUAUUUUUUCAACAUGUAAUCCAUAGGCUAUAUACAUAAAAGAUGACACUUCUACUCCAGAAAUUGUGAGUAAAAAGACUGAGUAGAAGACUUCCAAGCCUACUAACCUUAUUACAUGUUGCUGGUAUUAAACAAAAUUCCUAGAAAUUCGAUACACUUCUCAAAUUUAAAGAAAGCUCAAAAAUCAACAGAGGUCACAGACAUCCAUUUCUUAAAGAUAUAUUCUUCUAUUCCAUUUUAUGUAAACAUUCUUACUGAUGAAUACAGAAAAUCAAAAUAAGUUUAUCUUAAUAGUUCAUGAGUAAAAGCUGACAAUGAACAGCUGAGCAGGAAGGGAAGAAAUCUUUGAAAAAACUCUGUAUUCAGUGGAAUGCAAGCAAAUCCAGUGGUGAAUUUCCUAUCUGGUGAUUAGGUAUGUUGAGACCAGACUCUGAAGUAAGAUUACCCACUAGAGGAAAUGAAGAUAGCUACUUGUAUAAGGAUUGGGGCAAGCACUGGUGAAACUGGUGAAACUGGCAACACACCCACACACUUGCAAGUUAGUACAUGAGCAUUACUGAUUUGCACAGUCAGUGUAAAUCUCAAUUUCCAUUUCAUGCAUUCUGACCACUCUCACAAAUGCAUGAGAUUUUAGCAAGCGUAUUUCCCCUUUUAAUCCUCCUUACUUUUCUUCUCUUUUCAAAUCUGUAUUUUUGUGAGGGAUAGAGUUUCUAGCUUUAGUUUCCUUUGGAUGUGUUUCAAGAGACUUCAAUGGAAAUUGACAACAGUUUUACAGUACUGAACACUUGCUGAAGAAAAAAAGUGUUAAGAGUAAAGCAUCAGUACUACAUUCUGAGGACAUGUUUGGGUUACAGGUUCCACAAGCUUGUAAUAUAGAGGAGUCAGAGCAAAGCACUGCUAAAAAAUGGAACCCAAUAAAAACAACUUCCAACUUCCUCUUAUGUAACUGAAAACUCGUAACUUAUUUUAAAACAAUAACCAAACAAGAACAAAACCAAGUUAUCCAUAAAAUGGAAGCCCUACUGCUAUUUUACAGCAAUGCAGAUAUAUUGCAUAUACUGUACGGUUCAUUUGUCUUAGGCUUCUGUUGAUCAGAAAAUCUGUUACUAUCCUCUAUAUCACCAAUUGUCAGCUGAACCAAGAAAUUUUUAAAAAAACCCUUUUGUACAUAAUACAAUCUUUGUAGACUUAUAUAAGCUUUAAAAAUAAUAUCUACAGUAUUUUUAUUUAAUAAGAGGACUGCUUGAAAAAUAUUAAUGCAUAAAAUAUAUCCAAUUCUGUUUAGAAAGCAUCCAUUCUAUUACUUCUUAAAAUUAUGUGAAAAGAAGUUAGUCAUCACACAGCUUUCUAAUUCUCUAAAUGUCUAUCUAUUCUGUUUUGGUUUUCAAGAGUAAUCUUGACUAUUUUGUGAUGUCCAGGUCACUUACGUGUACCUGAUUCCCACUCAGUAGCUAGUGCUUGUAACUAUUCCUAAUGAAUUUUCUGCAAGUGUAAUCAAAAAUUUCACCACUUUUAUGAGCCAUAAUAAAAACUGCAAACAUGUACAGCA